UGGCCAUUCUCACCUGUAUAAAUAGGAGCCGGAGCUCACUCUUCCUGAGGCUUCGCUGGAGGUGCUGCCUGCAAGGAUUCCCGCGUCUCACAAUGAAGUCUCUGCUGGGCAGCCUCCUGUUCCUUGCCACCUUGGUGACAGCAUGCAACGCAGUGUGCUCUCUUGAAUUCCGUAAGGGACUCCCAAACCAGCUGCCUGGUGAGUGCGUGGAUCCUGAUGGUGGCAAACACCCCAUCAACUCUUUCUGGGUGAGGGACUGUAAGAAGUGUUUCUGCAGAGAAGACGCGAUUAGCUGCUGCAGCAUAGUUGUUACACCCGUGAGCUAUGACAAAGAGAAGUGUCAGCAGACUUUCCACCCAGAGAACUGCACCUACAGUGUGGUGGAAAAGAAGAACCCAGGGAAGUUCUGUCUUGUUGAAGGCUGGGUAUUGUGAAUGUGCUUCCAGUGGCCCAAAAGCUGAGCAACAUUUGAAUAUGUGUAUGAUUUAAAUUUACCAAUCAUAGGCGUGGUUGCGGCCUAUAGUCCCAGCACUCGGAGGCAGAGGCAAACCGAUCUCAUGUCAGCUUGGACUACAGAGGGCUACACCGAGAAACCCUGUUUUGUUUGUACCCUGUUUUGUGUGUGUGUGUGUGUGUG